CAUUUAUGUAGUCGGCGUGAAUAAGUUUAACUAUACCGAUGUUCUACUACUCGUUUCUCAUUCUGGACGAGAUCGCUGUCCCUUUAAGAGCAUCUGUAGGGAUUUGUUUUCAGACUAUGAACCGUCCGCUACUGGUUCAAACCAGUUUUCUGAGCCUGCGCAGUAAGUGUAAACAGGAAGAAGAAGAAAAUUAAACACGGUUGAUGGACGUUGCGUUACAUUGACAGGAUCGAUUUAAAAUCGUGCUGUGAUAUCUAAAAUUAUUUGCAAAUCGUGCAGCUCGGUUAAUCGUCGUUAAUGAAACUCUAGCGAACGAUGUGUCUUAUCGACAUCUCAUAGAAAACCACGACGAAUUGUUUGGCUGACUAGCGGCAUUUACAAUCAUACUCGUUUUGUAAAUGGUUAACAGACAGUUGUUGAUAUAAUCUAGAAAGCUCGAACAGUGCAUGCCUACGACUGCAGCUUCAAUUAAAGACGAACUGCAUGUAGUUUUUAGGCAAAGUGUAUGUGUACGAUUGACUACCGAUCUCCACGCGAUGGCCUACUAACACUGUAACGUUAACAGAACGUGUGAAUCUUUCUGCACGAGAGAAGCUCUACCCGACGCCCAAAUCGAGAGUUUUAACAUCAGUGGUACGUGCAUACGUGAAAAUGGUUCAGAAAGACAAAAUAAUUGAGUCGUCACAGCCUGAAAAUGAAGCAAAUCUAGUGCCAACCGAAGCUGUUGCAGAUAAUCAAGUUCCAGUGGACGAGCUCAGUAUCGGACUUGAGAGAACAGGCCAACGAAAAUUCAUCACUGGGGUUGUAGAAGGCUUCUAUGGGCGGCCAUGGACAAUGGAACAAAGAAAAGAGCUCUUCAGGAGGCAGCAGAAAUGGGGAUUGAACACAUAUCUGUACGCCCCAAAAGAUGACUACAAACACAGAAUGUUCUGGAGAGAAAUGUAUUCGGUUGAAGAAGCAGAACAACUCACGACUUUAAUAAGUGCUGCUAAAGAGCAUGGGAUCGAGUUCAUUUAUGCCAUUUCCCCUGGUCUGGACAUUACGUUCUCAAAUCAGAAGGAAGUGUCUACGUUGAAAAGGAAGCUAGACCAGGUCACACAUUUUGGGUGCAAGUCCUUUGCCUUACUGUUUGAUGACAUUGAUCAUAACAUGUGUCCGGCCGACAAGGAGGUAUUUAGCUCUUUUGCACAUGCCCAGGUGUCCAUCACCAAUGAGAUCUUUCAGUAUUUGGGAGAACCUGAAAUAUUCUUGUUUUGCCCCACAGAAUAUUGUGGAACAUUUUGUUAUCCGAAUGUGGCACAGUCGCCUUACCUGCGUACAGUUGGUGAAAAGCUGCUUCCUAGAGUUGAUGUGCUAUGGACAGGUCCCAAAGUAGUUUCUAAAGACAUAACUGUUGAAUCUAUUGAAGAAGUCACAAAGAUUCUGAGGAGAGCUCCUGUUAUUUGGGACAAUAUUCACGCCAAUGACUAUGAUCAGAAGCGACUUUUCUUGGGGCCUUAUAAAGGGAGAUCCACAGAACUCAUACCCCGGCUUAAGGGAGUCCUCACCAACCCCAACUGUGAAUUUGAGUCCAAUUUUGUUGCCAUUCAUACGUUAGCCACAUGGUACAAGUCUAAUAUGAAUGGGGUGCGAAAAGAUGUUGUCAUGACGGACAGUGAAGACAGCACUGUGUCCAUUCAGAUAAAGCUAGAAAAUGAAGGCAGUGAUGAGGAGCUAGAAACCGACAUCCUCUAUAGCCCACAGAUCGCGCUCAAGCUGGCACUUUCUGAAUGGCUGAAUGAAUUUGGAGUGCCUCAUCAGUAUAACAGUCGACAAGUACCUCACAGUGGAGCUAAUAGCACGUCUAUGAAUGUUCCUCCGCUUAAUGCGUCCAGUCUGAGCUCUUCCACUACAGUGACCACAGUCUUCCAACAACCAAUCAUGAGCCCAGCCGUGCCCCUUAGUGACGAACCCCACGUGCUCGGCAAAGAAGAGGAGGUGGAGGUGGAGAAGAAGGAGCUGGAUGAAGAACCUAUGGAGAUGGUGGUGGAGAAACACGAUGAGGUAGAGGACGUUAAAAAUGUCAAUGAGAUCCUCACGGAAAUCGUCAAGGCAAAGAUGACCGAAGAUCUCAAACCUAUGGACACGGACAAAGAGAGCCUGGCAGAGUCCAAGUCUCCAGAGAUGUCGAUUCAGGAGGAUUCAGGCAGUGACAUCGCACCGAUGCAGACUGAUGAUCAGCUCAACAAGGAAGUGUUUGUUCCAGGUCCCAAUGAGAAACCACUCUUCACUGCUGAGGCACUUACUCUGGAGGAUCUGACCCUCCUGGCUGAGCUUUUUUAUCUGCCGUAUGAACACGGUCCGAAAUCAGUACAAAUGCUGAAAGAGUUUAACUGGUUGAGAGCCAAUAGCAAUCUUGUCAGUGUUAACUCCAAAGGAAAGGAUCCAGAGAAGGUAGCUGAAUGGCACUCCAGAGCAGAAAACUUUGAGGAGAUGUGCUGCUCGGUCAUCCAUAUGUUUACCAAACUCUCCAACUCAGCCAACAGGACCAUUCUCUAUGACCUGUAUCCCUAUAUCUGGGAUAUCAAGAGUAUCAUCUCAAUGGUGAAAUCAUUUGUUCAGUGGUUAGGGUGUCGUAGUCAGUCAUCAACACAGUUCUUAAGUGGCGACCAAGAGCCCUGGGCCUUUAGGGGCGGUCUAGCAGGAGAGUUCCAGAGACUGUUGCCAAUUGAAGGGGCAAAUGAUCUUUUCUACCAGCCACCACCAUCAAUGCCAACUUCAAAAAUCUAUUCCAUAAGGCCUUACUUUCCUAAGGAUGAGUCUUCUGUCUAUAAGAUCUGCAAGGAGAUGUACACUGAAAGCUGUGAGGGCAUUCUUUUCUCAGAUGACUCACCAGACCUUAUUGGAGACAGGUUAGUGGGAGGUUUUCUGAGUCUUAGUCCAGACUAUGGCUUUGUGCUCGAAGAUGACGAAGGUAUUUGUGGCUAUGCUAUGGGAACUGUGGAUGUCACACCUUUCGUGAAGAAAUGCAAGAUGAGCUGGAUACCGUUCAUGCAGGAAAAAUACAACAAGCCAGACACAGAGAAAGACCUGUCAGAGGCUGAGAAAAUGAUGCUAAGCUUCCAUGAGGAGGAGGAUGUUUUGCCAGAAUCAUUCCUUAGUAACUUCCCAUCCCUUAUUAAAGUGGACAUCCAUGCAAAGGUUACCGACCCCAGUGUUGCCAAGAGUAUGAUGGGUUGUCUUCUGUCAUCGCUUAAAGCCAAUGGCUCACAUGGUGCUUUCUGUGAGGUCCGACAGAUGGAUAAAAGAAUGUUGGACUUUUAUAGCAAACUUGGCUGCUUUGAAGUAGCCAAAAUGGAGGGAUUCCCAAAAGACAUUAUUAUAAUGGGGAGGAGUUUGUGAAUCUGAGUGAAGUCAUAGAUUCAUCAUACAGGGAGCCUCCUAAAAAGUGCACAAAGCUUUGGUCCACGUUUAAGGCCCAGAGAACAUCUUGCUACCUGUUCAUAAAACAAUCACAUGUUUGUAAUAGCAACUCUGUAAUGGUAGCUCAUUUCAUCUUAUUAGGCUUAAUGCACUUUUAUAAUUGUAGGUGCUGUUCAUAUUGUUCUUUGCCAGACAGUGAUGAUGUGUUUAGGAGAGUUUGCGAGCGAGUGUGUGUGUACACAUUUGUGGGGUUUGAGAAAGGGUUAAAGAAUUUGAGUUUUGAGCCUGCAAGAGUAAUUCAGGAUGCAUGAGUUACUUAGUAGUGAAGCCUUUUUUCUCCAGUGGGCAGACGGCUUGAGUUGGCCAAGUGCCAUUGAGUUUACAAAGUCUCUUAGAUGUGGUUGGCUUGCAGUUUUUGUUCAGCAUAUGUGCAUGUUUAAGUUGACAUGUAUAGAAUUUUCAGACUAAAACUCACCAUUGAUAAGAGACUUUCUCACUUUGCUAAUUUUUUUAACGGUUCAUUUCAAUGCUUUACAGUGUUCCAGCAAUAAUCUAGGAGUUGACUUCAUAACAGCCACGGUUUGUGUUAUUGCUUUUCAAGACAGUGUAAUAAAUCCUGCAUUUUUCCAGGUGCAAAAUAUAUGAGUGAGGUCAUUUGGAAAAUACUGAAGUCUAAAGAUAUUCUUUAAGACAUGGGAUGUUGCUCAGUUAUUCUUAAAGAUAUAAUAGGCUUUAUGCCCAGCUGCACUACUUCCUGAACUUUUUCAGCCAGCUCCUUGUUUCCUGUCUGCCAUUAUUGGACAAACUGAUUAAUCCAGGUGUGCCUGACCUCAGUAGUCACAACAACAAUAAUCAGACACACCUGGAUUAAUCAGUUUGUCCAAUAAUGGCAGACAGGAAACAAGGAGCUGGCUGAAGUUCAGGAUGUAGUGCAGCUGGGCAUAAAGCCUAUUGGCAAGACAAACACCCAAAUGGGCAGAUAGUGAAUAAAGUUAAACCAUAAUGUUCAUUAAGACGGCAAAAUAUAUUUUUUGUGGAAGCCUUUGGCAUGUGUAUUCUCUAUCAAUACAUUUUUUAUAUAUAAAAAAUGCCUGUUGUUUUCCUGUAUUUUAUUUUAUGUUAAUAAGAGGUACAUUCCCACAAUUUGGCAUUUAAUAUAGUACAUUAUCAAUUAAGAUAUAAUUCUGACAGCAGGUCUUUUUGAAAUUUAUAGCCGAUAUUAAGGCCAAAGUCCUACAUGGUGUCUUCAUCCAAAAUGAUACGAAAGUACUUGAUCAUCCCAAAUAUGCCUGUUCUUAUUCACUGUCUGCCUUUUUGUUCAUAUUUAUAAGUGUCACAUUUACACUUGGGUUUCUCUGAAAUUCAGUUCUCUAGCAAGCAACCAAUUGUGUCCCAGAAUUAUUUACCCAAAUGUAUGACCCAUAAGAAUUUCCAUGUUGAUGCUUUUGACGUGACUUUUUUUAUAAUAUUCUCCUAAUGUUAUGCUUUACCCUGAAUAACCAGAUGAGCACAAAUGACACUCAUUCCUAUCUGUAACAAAUAACGCCAGGGUUGAAGUAAAAAUGUACAUAGUUUUUGCAUGUGAUGGGCCAGCAGUUUGGAUCUAGAAAUGUUUUGCCUUAUUUUCCACUCACAAUCAAGGAACAUUGUAUUCUUUAAAUUUGCUAUUGUUUAUUUUUAUGGCUUUCAGAAUACCUUGCUUGGCUCAUUACAGUUUGGUUAGUCACAUGUAAAGGGCUUUUGUUUCUAUGUACAAUGCAUCUACUUAAAAAGAUAAGACAUUUCUGUACUUCGAUGUAAUUAUGAUUAUGUAUAUGUAAAAUAGUCAUUUCUGUAAGGUUUGUAUGUAAUUAAGAUGGUUAUUAAAAUGUUAAAUGAAAAGCAUCUUAAAUAAAAAGUAAAUCUCCUUAA